UACCACUUUAAUCGCUGAUUUUAUAAUUUUAGAUUACAAUAACUGUAUAAUAUGUUUUAUACUCUUCCUAAUAACGUGCGUUUUUAUUAAUCUUAUCAUCAACAAAACAAAGUUAACAUUAUACAUUCGUUUCACAAGUGCUAAUUUAAUUUUUCUAGUAGUAUUUCAAUAACAGCAAUUAGUAAUACCGUUUACAUUAAAAUAUUUUGAAGAUAAGGAAAUGCGAUGAACCAUUAACAUUUACAUGUUAACUGAGAAUACGCUUUUACGCAUUUCAGUUGUGUUUUAGUCAGUACUUUCCAAUAUGUAUACGCGUAAGGUUGGUCUUAUUGUUCGGCAUAAUUUUAAAUAUUUCCUUUGUGUCAGACACAAGAGCGAUUUACCCACAAGACAACCAGAUAACUUUUAUGAUCCGGAUGCUAUUCAUGAGAAUCCAUUAGAAAGAUGUAAGAGGUUUAUCAAAAGGGACAUAAAUGAAUUGUGGAAAAAAGCUAAUGAUCCAUUUGAACAGUAUGAAGAUAAUAAAAUAUUCCCAAAAACCGUUGACAUUUUAAUUGUUGGCGGAGGUGUAAUUGGUUCAUCCAUUGCUUAUUGGCUCCAAAAUAAAUGUAGAGAUGGAUUAACUAUUGCUGUUAUUGAAAAAGAUUUAUCGGUAAACAAAUCAGUUUUAUCUACUCAAGAGUAUGCUAAAGCAUCUUCAGUACUUUCUUGCGGRGGAAUUCGUCAACAGUUUUCACUAAAAGAAAACAUUGAAUUAUCUCAAUUCAGUGCUGAAUUUCUUCGAGAUAUUAAAGAUUACUUGACUAUCCCAGAACAGCAACCACCAGAAAUAAAUUUUAAUCCAUCAGGCUAUUUAUUUUUAGCUACAAAAAAUGGUGUGGAUACAAUGUUAAAAAAUCAUAAAUUACAGAAGGAAUUGAAUGCUAAUGUUGAGCUUUUAUCAAAAGAUAUGAUGAAAACUAAAUUUCCUUGGUUAAAUGUAGAUGAUAUUGAAUUAGGAAGUCUUGGAACAUUAAACUCAGGAUGGUUUGAUCCUUGGUCCUUGUUGAAUGCAUUAAGAAAUAAAGCUAAAUCACUAGGGACAUAUUAUAUUGAGGGUGAAGUAGAAAAUUUUGGUUUUAAAGUAGAUACAAGCAUAGUGGUAGAAGAAGAUCCUAAUAAAGAAUAUGAAGGGAUCAAUAGCGUAAAAGUAAAAUUAAAAGAUGGCAAAACCCAACAAAUAGUAUUUGGUGUAUGUAUUGUAGCAGCUGGCGCUGAAUCAGGAAAUGUUGCCCGAAUGGCUAAAGUUGGAAAUGGAAAAGGAUUUUUAUCUACACCUUUGCCUAUUGAACCUCGUAAACGUUUCGUGUAUUAUUACCAUGCUCCUAAAGGUCCUUCGAUGUCGCCAAUGGUAAUUGAUCCAUCUGGAAUUUAUUUUAGGCCUGACAGCUUUAACAACCAUUAUAUAUGUGGUAAAUCACCAUGUGAUGCAGAAGAACCAGAAACAGCCAAUUUAGAUGUAGAUCAUGAUUUUUUUGAAAAGGAGAUCUGGGCAAUGCUUGCACACAGAGUACCUGCAUUUGAAGAAGCAAAAGUAAUUAAAAACUUUGACAUUGUUGAUAUUCGUUAA